GCUUUACGCGGAUGCGGGAGUAAAGUAAUUGGCAAUAAACAGACUGAAAAAGUCAAGGCUUUUGACAUCGUACUCUCUGAUUGCGUUGCACAUUUGAAUAGGAUUGUAUCAAUGAUAGAGUCAUUUGCGGAAGGCGUUGCGUGAACGCUGAAGUCGGUGACAGCUGUUGCGACCCGGAGACAUGGAACAUAUCCGAACCCCGAAGGUGGAGCAGGUGCGCCUGUUGGAUCGCUUCAGCAACAAAUCCACCAGUGGCACACUAUACCUCACAGCGACGCACCUUAUCUUUGUGGAGAGCGGCUCCAACAACUCGUCUGCCGCGCAAGAGGUUUGGAUUUUGCACCACCACAUCGCAUCCGUGGAGAAGCUCUCACUCACCACCUCGGGCUGUCCACUGGUCAUUCAAUGUCGUAACUUCAGAGUGGUUCACUUUGUGGUGCAGAGAGAACGUGACUGCCAUGACGUCUACAGCUCGCUUUUGCGCCUUCUGCGGCCCGAGUCGUACGAUGAGCUCUACGCGUUCUCCUACAAUCCCAAACAGAAUGACCAGCAGCGUGAGGAAGGGUGGCAGCUCAUCGAUUUAGGGGCAGAGUUCGAGAGAAUGGGUGUCCCUUGUGACCAAUGGCAACUCACUGACGUCAACCGAGACUACAAGGUUUGUGAGACAUAUCCACGUGACCUGUAUGUCCCCAUCACGGCCAGUAAACCCAUUAUUGUGGGAAGUUCCAAGUUUAGGAGCAAAGGACGCUUUCCAGUGCUUACUUACUUUUACCAAGAGAAGAAGGCGGCAGUGUGCCGGUGCAGCCAGCCUCUCUCUGGCUUUAGCGCACGCUGUUUAGAAGAUGAGAGCAUGCUGCAGGCCAUCAGCAAGGCUAACCACAACAGCCGAUUUGUUUACGUCAUGGACACGAGGCCAAAACUGAACGCCCUCGCCAACCGAGCGGCAGGCAAAGGCUACGAGAACGAGGACAAUUACUCCAACAUUCGCUUCCAGUUUGUGGGGAUCGAUAACAUCCACGUGAUGAGGACUAGCCUGCAGAAGCUGCUGGAAGUGAUUGGAGCUCGGUCUCUCUCCAUGAGCGACUACCUGGUAGGACUGGAGAGCUGCGGCUGGUUGAGACAUAUCAAAGCUGUUUUGGAUGCAGCAAUCUUCUUGGCUAAGGCGGUGACCCGGGAAGGAACCAGUGUGUUAGUCCAUUGUUCCGACGGGUGGGACCGAACAGCACAGGUCUGCUCCCUGGGGGCUCUGCUCAUGGACCCCUACUACCGCACCAUCAAGGGUUUCAUGGUGCUGAUCGAGAAAGACUGGAUCUCCUUCGGCCACAAGUUUGCAGAUAGGUGUGACCAAUUAGAUGGAGACCCAAAGGAAGUGUCUCCAAUCUUCACUCAGUUCCUGGAGUGUGUUUGGCAGCUCUCUGAGCAGUUCCCUCAGGCAUUUGAGUUUAGCGAGUGGUUCCUGCUGCAGAUCCACGAGCACGUCCAUUCGUGUCAGUACGGAAACUUCCUCGGCAACAACCAGAGGCAGAGAGAAGAGCUUCAGCUAAGAGAGCGAACUCAUUCAUUGUGGGCACAUCUAACGAGCGAAAAACAGAACUACUUGAAUCCGUUCUACAGCCCCGCGUAUGCUGAAAUGCACCCUGUCCUGGAGCCCUCCACCUUGCCCUACUUUUUCAAGUUUUGGAGAAACAUGUAUCACCAGUUUGAUCGCUCAAUGCACCCGCGGCAGUCCAUCCUGAAGACCAUUCUGACUGGGAAGGAGAACAGUCGCAAGGCAGAGAGCAAAGUGCAAGCACUGGAGAGUAGGUUCCACCAGCUGGGUGUGACGCCAGUGGUGACCGCCGACCUCCCUGCAGCCCCGCUGACCAGGGAUAAUUACUCACGUGACAAACCCCUCCCACCACGGCCCGACUCCCUCAUCUUGGGGGCGCCCGUCAAUCACAACGAGGCGCGUCGCCAGCAGAAGGAAGACGAACACGAGGAGGUCGGCGAGGAGGCCACCGAGAGCACCGACACCGAGCGGACAGUAGAGGGCAGCAGCGGCACUGAGAGCCGCAAGCAGAGCUACGGUGAGCUAGAAGGGACGUACAAUAACGAUCUGUCCAAAGAGGAGCCGGGUGUCGUAAGUUUGGAGUUCGGAGUGGCACGCAUGACCUGCUGAGAAACGGAGGCGUUGUAAGAAAAGGACAGGCGUAGUCUAACAAUUUACUGAAAAGUGUGUGGGGAGAAGUGGUUGUUCUUGAUGUGAUUACGUGCUGAUUAUAAAAAUGAUCCUAAAUGGGUCAUGUGCUAUGUCUGUAUAGUCUAAAUCUCAAUGGAAAGCCUCAUAACAUGUCAUAUAUUGCACCUAUAGAAACGCAUUUUCUUUUCUUUUUUAAUAAAUGAAUGUCAGGACGCACUAUAGAGAAACUAAUAAGUGAAUAAAUUCAUCCACAGUAAAA